GAGCUGCUAUCGUCUGGCUCCGACGGGAAGUAGAUUUUGGUUUAGGGCGCUGUCAAAUUGUGUGUCGUAUUGUUCACGAAUUGAGAUUACCAAUAUAAAAUCAACUUUUAACAAACCUUGAGAUGGAUAGUCAAGGAAGAAAAGUAUUAGUUUGUGAUAAUGGAACAGGGUUUGUCAAAGUUGGAUAUGCAGGAUCAAACUUUCCAGCACACAUCUUCCCAUCUUUGGUUGGACGACCUAUCAUUCGCGCUGCCAACAAAAUUGGUGACAUCGAAGUGAAGGAUUUGAUGGUCGGAGAUGACGCGAGUAAACUUCGCUCAAUGCUUGAAGUGAACUACCCCAUGGAAAACGGAAUCGUUAGGAAUUGGGAAGACAUGUGUCAUGUGUGGGAUUACACUUUUGGCCCUGAGAAAAUGAAUAUUGACCCUCGCCAAUGUAAGGUCUUGCUAACGGAGCCUCCGAUGAACCCUUUGAAGAAUCGCGAGAAAAUGAUUGAGGUCAUGUUCGAAAAAUAUGGAUUUGCCGGAACCUACGUGGCCAUCCAAGCAGUUCUAACACUUUACGCACAGGGUCUGCUGACGGGAGUUGUUGUCGAUUCCGGAGACGGUGUCACUCACAUUUGUCCUGUGUACGAAGGGUUUGCAAUGCCUCACUUAACCAGACGUCUCGACAUUGCCGGAAGAGAUAUAACCCGAUAUCUCAUCAAGCUGUUGCUGCUGAGAGGCUACGCAUUCAAUCAUACGGCAGACUUUGAAACUGUUCGCCAGUUGAAAGAAAAACUUUGUUAUAUUGGCUAUAACAUUGAAACGGAACAAAAACUGGCUCUCGAAACAACCGUUUUAGUCGAAUCAUACACACUUCCAGAUGGGCGCGUCAUCAAAGUGGGUGGUGAACGGUUCGAAGCCCCUGAAGCGCUUUUCCAGCCUCACUUGAUCAACGUUGAAGGGUCAGGAAUCGCCGAGCUAGUCUUCUCGACUAUCCAAGCGGCCGACAUCGAUGUCCGCCCGUCGCUAUACAAACACAUCGUCCUUUCAGGCGGUUCAACCAUGUAUCCGGGACUUCCGUCUAGGCUCGAACGGGAAAUCAAACAGCUGUACCUUGAACGAGUUCUUAAAGGCGACACGGAGAAACUUACGAAAUUCAAAAUUCGUAUUGAAGAUCCUCCUCGUCGUAAAGACAUGGUUUUCAUUGGUGGUGCCGUAUUGGCCGAUGUCAUGAAAGACAAAGAAUCUUUCUGGAUGUCGAGAGAGGAGUACAAUGAGCGUGGCAUCCGCGUGCUGGACAAACUGGUCAACCGCUCCUAACGCGCAAUUUUAAACGCUCGUUCCUCUUUUCCGAUUCCCAUCGAAGGUCAUGUUAUUACUAAUCAGAUGUCAAUUUUUUUUGUUCAUGUUGCUGGGUUCACAUUCCCGCCCUCCCUAAUUUUUGUUGACCCCCUAAUUCUGGCUGAAUAAACAAAAAUAGCCUCUGUAA